CGUGUCUUGGCCCCGAGUUCCGAGUUGUAAAUAAUUAUUUUAGUCGCCAGAAUGAUCCCACCGCUGGGUUCCGCCCUCAUUUGGCUGGUGGUGCUGCUGCUCCUGAUGGAACUGGCUGAGGUGUGGUCCAGUUGCUGUGCCUGCCCAGCGCCCCGCUGCAAAAUCGCACAGUGGCCAUGCUGCACCAAGAAGUCAAAGUGGUACCACUCGUUUUUCGGUUAGCAAAUGGAGAUUGCACAUUUCUGUAAUUAGGUCUGAAAUAUCUCCUGUUCUAUCAUAUAAACCUUUAAACUGUUCUUCCUUAAUACAAAAAAAUUGCAAUUUC